AUGACUCGUGAGGCCCUUGAGAAGCAGUGGAAAGAGAAGGAGCAAAUGGAGGAUGAAGCUUCGCAUUAUGGCAGUGAGGAGAACUCAAGCGACGUUGAUUCGAGCGGGGAGAAGGCUUCAUCUGAUUUCGAACCUUCUUCUGGGGAAAAUGACGGAAGCGAUGGAGAUCAUGCAAGUGGUGAGAACAACGCAAGCAUGGUUUCCACAAGUGGUGAUGCCUUUGAUGUUGAGAACGAAGAAGCAAGUAGCUCUACGCUAAGUGGGUCGGAAGUUCUUGAAAGUGAAAUACAGAAUUUUACACCAAACGAUUUACAAGAAUCUACACCUGAAGAAAUUGAGGCUCGGCAGGCUGAGUUAAUGGGCGAGAAUAUUUCUACUGGAGACAGCGGUGGGUUCUUGGAUGGGUUUCCGCGUCGCUGGCAUGGAUGGGAUGCAUUCCACGCAGCGUUCGAUCGCUUCUGUGAAGAGACUUACCAGCGGUUUCCUGGACACUCGUCGACGUCCGUGGGGGCUCGGAACAAGCAAAUCAAGAACAACAAGAAGAAGUACACUCCCCGUGGCUCUGGCGAACGACAGCACACUCUGGUCCGAUAUGUUGGAUGCACAGCGCGCAUCAACGUACGAGUGACGUGGAAUGGAUCUUGGUACCUGUUUGUCGAGCCUAAGGGCUUCCACAAUCAUCGCUGUUCUAAAGCGCUUUGGUCAUACUACGCGGAAAACAGACGGAUAACCGACCCAGCCGUGCUAGGUGAUGUCGCUGAGAUGCGUAACGCAGGCGCUAAUGCUCGUGGUAUUGUUGGAUAUCUUUGA